UAUGAUUAUCUCUCACACGUGAAAGGGAAAAAGAAAAAAAAUAAAGAAGCCAACAUCAGAGCACUAUUUGAAUUUGUCUGGGUAGUUCUGGUUGUUAGCUCAUUGACUCCAUAACUGUCAACUGUUUGCCAACAUGAGGCACAACUGAAAGCUGUCUCUUGUCAGCCACUCUUACUGGUUAUCCUUUCACAUUGGAACUAAACAGACAUUUAUCAUUUAUUCAUUUCAUAAAUCUUGCCUUUAUUUUUAUGAUUGUGUCUACAUCAUUUCUGGUACUUAAUACAUAUAGCAGGAACAACACUGAUUAACUGUGGACUUCUCAGAGAUUAAUAUUUGUUAUGUCCAAUGGACUCACUGCUGAACAUAAAGAUUACGUGAAUCAAAGAAUUUGGACAGAAUAAAGCAAAAUGGAUUUGAAACCAAAGAAACAAAAAGAACUGAACAAUGAAGAGCGAAUGUUCUUGGGUGCCGUGGAGAAGGGAGAUGUUGCUGGUGCCAAACGUGCACUUAGUGAAGCAACAGAACGGCAUAUAAAUAAGAGUUGCAAAGAUUCCCUAGGGCGGUCAGCCCUUGUUAUUGCUAUUGAGAAUGAAAACGGUGAACUCGUUGAGUCUUUACUUGCUGCCGAUGUGGAGUUGGAGGAUGCGCUCCUGUACGCCAUCCGAGAAGAAUAUGUGGAAGCAGUGGAAAUGAUCUUAACUCACCAACUGCAGAAAUAUGGAGAAGAUUAUCUUCAAACUGAAUUUGAAUCGAAUACUUUCACCUUGGACAUCACACCAAUUAUAUUAGCAGGUCAUAUUGACAACUACGAAAUCAUUAAAAUGUUGCUUGACCGUGGUUACAGGAUACCUCGACCCCAUGAUCUCACCUGUCAUUGUGAUGAUUGUCUCAAAGGAAGUACCGAUGAUGUUUUAGGCCAUUCACGAGCCAGAAUCAAUGCCUAUCGAGCACUGGCAAGCCCUUCGCUCAUUGCUUUAUCAAGUAAAGAUCCGAUUCUUACAGCGUUUGAGUUAAGUUGGGAACUUCGGAAUCUCAGUGAACUUGAAAAUGAAUUUAAAACAGAAUAUCAGGAACUCGGUAAAAUCUGUCAGCAGUUUUCUGUUGAUUUAUUGGAUGAAAUUCGAGGUUCAAAAGAACUUGAGGUCAUUUUGAAUCAUGAUUCACGAUCGCCUGAUGAUGAUCAAAAUAAAGAAAACAAGAAAUUAAAUCGAUUGAAACUUGCCAUAAAAUACAAACAAAAGAGGUUUGUUUCUCAUCCAAAUUGUCAACAGUUACUAGCAUCUAAAUGGUACGAAGGUUUAGGUAACUUCCGACGAAAGCCUGCCAUUAAACAACUUACAAUUGCUUUAACAAUUUGUUUCCUGUUCCCAGUUCUUAGUAUGAUUUAUAUGGUUGCUCCUCACAGUAAAUUUGGUAAACUCUGUCGAAAGCCUUUUAUCAAAUUUUUACUCCAUGCUGCGUCUUAUAUGAGUUUCUUAGGUCUACUCAUCAUGGUUUCACAAAGAAUAGAAAAUCCUUUAUUUUUCCUGUUUCCAUUUGAUGAAACAAAGAAGAAAGAAUUGAGAGGGAAACCUGCCACCAUUGUAGAAAUGAUGAUCUUGUGUUAUGUUCUUGGGUUAAUAUGGUCUGAGAUCAAGCAGAUCUGGAUGCAGGGAGCUCUGGAAUAUAUUCAUGACAUGUGGAACAUUUUGGAUUUUGUUACCAAUUCUCUCUACAUGGCAACAUUUACACUUCGACUUCUUGCAUUCAUAGAAGUGUACCAUGAGAGAGCAGCAAACAACCCUUAUGCUUAUGAAGAACGAAAACACUGGGAUGCUUACGAUCCAAACCUUAUUGCAGAAGCCUUGUUUGCUGGUGCCAAUAUUUUCAGUUCCUUAAAAUUAAUCUAUAUUUUCACAAUAAAUCCCCACCUGGGACCUCUACAGAUCUCCCUUGGUCGAAUGGUGGCAGAUAUUGUCAAGUUUAUAUCAGUAUAUUUCCUCGUACUCUUCUCCUUUGCCUGUGGAUUGAACCAUCUCUACUGGUACUAUGCUGCUCUCCGAGCAGAAGAAUGUGAAGCUGGCGUUACGCAUUCAUGUGAUAUCAAAUACAGAAGUUUUGCAAAUCUUUUUGAAAUCUUGCAGAGUUUAUAUUGGGCUUUUUACGGCCUUAUAGAAUUGGACAACGCUCACUUGGACGAACCACACAAACUGACUGAGCUGGUUGGCAAACUGAUGUUUGGAAGCUACAGUAUGAUAGCAAUUAUAGUAUUGCUCAAUCUGCUAAUUGCUAUGAUGUCACUAUCAUAUCAAAUGAUAUCUAGCCAAGCUGAUGAAGAAUGGAAAUUUGCCCGUUCCAGACUCUGGAUAAGUUACUUUGCAGAGGGAGCCACAGUUCCUCCACCAUUUAACAUUUUUCCAAGUCCAAAGUCUUUUACGAAUACAGUUGCAUCCGUCAAGAAUUUGCUUUUGGCUCACACAGCAGAACAGAAGACAGCCAAAUGGAAGAAUGUUCGGUCUACUGUUUCCAACAUUAACAAGAGAGAAAUCCGUUACCAGGUGGUUAUCCGUAAACUUAUUAGUCGAUACAUCAUGAACAAACAACGCCCACAGAAAGACGAAAUAGUCUCCCAAGAUGAUGUUAAUGAACUUAAACAAGAUAUUUCAACAUUCCGUUUUGAGCUGAUGCAAGUGUUAAAUAGUAAUGGUUUCGAAACACCUGUAAUACAUCAAGCGAAAACCUCGAGUAAGAAAGAUCGAAUGUGGAAGAACCUUUCAGUGGCAACUGAUACUAAUCCCGAACAGCUUUUGGAAGAAGCUGGCUUGAUUGAUGAAUAGUUACUUGGUUGCCUGGAAACACUUUAAAACAUUCCUUUUAUUAAUUAGCAUAUAAAACAAGAUAAUUAAAUAUAAUUUUUAAAAUGAUUUUUUAAAAAAAUAGUAAGGUUUAAAGUUUUGUCUAGCUAUCAGUGAGGCUGUGCAACUUGUUCAGUGUUUACUUUUGGUUUUCCUGUCUGAAUGGAACAAAACCUUUCGUUGAGAAACACAAUCAGAAUUCUCAUAAUAAGAGAAGAUAACUCGUCUUGUCUUAAUUCCAUCCAGUCUAUGUUGCCUAGCAACACGUUGUAGGUGUGAUCAUGGCGAGCUUUGACCAUUUCCAUUUCCAGCUCACUGAAAUGUCUGUCUUCCUUUGCACCAAACAUACUUUUGAAAGAAUUCAUGAAAGUCAUAAAUUUCCAUUUCUUUCCCUCCUUUUCUACUGAAAUGGUGGGUCAAAUAGGCUGAGAUGGGCUCCAACAUAGAAAUGGUAGCUUCUUUGAUGACCAUUUAUUGGUUGGUGGAACAGCUUUCUGUUAAGAAAAGCAAGAAUACAUUCCAACCAAAAACUUUCCUAAAACCCACUUCAGUUCUCAGUCUCAGCAAUCUGUAUUCAGAAUGUUGGCCGUUUCUUAAGUCUUCUUUCACAAUAUUCCAAUGGGCAGUCUUCUCUCAAACCUUCAAGAUUUCCUUGAAUUCAGAUUUCUUGAGGCUGAAAUGGAAUUUUCAAGGAAGAUAUUUUCGUAUUUGAAGGAUGAACAGAGAACAUGUGCAAAACCAACAUAAACGCCAGUUUCUACUCAAAACAUUAAACUAUCCUAAACAUUCCCAACCUUUUAAAUUUCUCUUCUCUGUUGUUUAAUCUUGGCUUUGCAACAUGCCUGGGGCUAUUGUUAAGAAGACUUCUCUCAAAUACAGAAUUGUUUAUGUACAUAAUAGUGACAUCAUAGCAAAUAUCAUCAUCAUCAUCAUCAUUAUCAUUGUUACCACUUACAUCAUUAUCACCUAAUUAUUUUGAGGUGUAUACAGCCUCCUCCUCUUCAUCCUGCUCAGCCUCCUCCCAUCAUCAUCACCAUUAUCAUCAUCAUCAUAUAGGAUGUUUGGAGAAAAAUCCUCUUCCACUCCCAUCCCCUCUAAUCAUUAGGGUCAGAAGUGACAGGAGGCUAAUUGGUCGUCUUCUCAUUAAAUUGUGAACACUUCACUAAUUGCACAUGACUGAUUGACAAGACAGAUAUCAUAUUUCAAAAUAUGAUUUCUUUUCUAUAUUCUAAGCUUAUAUUUAAUAUUUCCGAAUCUAUUAUAAAUGCUUCUUUUGAUUUUGGCCUUUAAAUUCGAAUCAAACAAGGAAUUAGCCAUAAGUUCAGUUCCAUCCUCAGACAAUAGUUCUUUCUACAGAACUUUUGAUUCACCACUCUAACAUUAAAGACCCAAAAUGUACGUACACACACACACACACACACACACACACAAGUAAAUACAUACACACAUACAAAAACAAACAUUUCUCUUCACAAAUGAGAUCACUGCAUCAAAAGAAAUGGAAAUCUUUCAAGAAGCAAAGGACAAAAUAUUGUUUUGGCAAGGACUCACCUGGAGUUAGAAAAGCCAUCAAGAGGAAGAACAAAUCAGUUGAUAAAACUCCUCCAAGUACCAAAGAAUUUGAAAGAUUUUCCAUUCAUAAAAACAAAAACAAAAAAGAUGGUGAGGAUUCUAAAUCUGCACAGUAUCCAUUCAAAAAAGCAAGGAAAAAAUCUGUUAUAAAGAGAGAAAUCUCCAAAACAUUUCUUCAAGAUUGUCCAAAAGCAAAAUAUUUAAAAUAUUCAAAUUAUACAUAAAUUGUAAAAAAAAAUUUUUCUUAAACUAUAAACAGAGAUGAAUGCCGAGAACAAUUGGAAUAAAAGAAAAAAUAGUUGAAAUAAAAUGGA